AUGCUGCAGAGAUCAGACUCAGUCCUGGAGGGUCCAGCCAUUCUUGUGGCGUCAGUGUGGCUGGCGGGCCAUUCGCGUUUGACUCAGAAACUCGACCAAGGAAACACAGAGCUGCAUAUACCCCCAUUGCGCGCUCUGAUUUCUCACACUAUCUUCACAAUCAAUCACGUAAUCCCGAAUACACCCGACAUUAGACCUCCCAUGACUGAGACAGCAAAGAAGAUCCUCCCCGUCGAGGGCGAGCGCAAUGUGCUCAUCACCAGUGCGCUACCCUACGUCAACAACGUCCCACAUUUGGGCAACAUCGUCGGUUCCGUUCUGUCCGCCGAUGUCUUCGCUCGAUUCUCCCGCGCCCGAGGUUACAACACAUUAUAUGUCUGCGGAACAGACGAGUAUGGCACAGCGACAGAAACUAAGGCUAUAGAGGAAAAGGUCAGCCCAAAAGAGCUCUGCGACAAAUACUAUGCUUUGCACAGCGAAGUAUACAAGUGGUUCAACAUCAGCUUCGACCACUUCGGACGUACCCCGACCCAGCAACAGACCGAUAUCGCACAAGACAUCUUCACCAAGCUAUACAAGAAUGGAUUCCUUGAGGAGCAGACAACUAUACAGCCAUACUGUGAAACACAUAAGAGCUUUCUGGCAGACCGAUUCGUCGAGGGCACAUGUCCGUUGUGCGCAUACGAAGACGCGCGUGGAGAUCAGUGCGAUAAGUGUGGACACCUUCUCGACCCUCUGGAGCUUAAGAACCCACGCUGUAAGCUUGACGGCGCCACACCGGUUCCGCGCGAAACCAAGCACGUUUACUUGUGUCUGGAUAAGCUGCAGCCAUUAGAAGAGGAGUGGUUCAAGAAGGCAAGCAAGGAGGGUAACUGGAGUUCCAAUGGUGUUCAGAUUACUUCAUCUUGGCUCAAGGAAGGCCUAAGGCCGCGUGGUAUCACCCGUGAUCUAAAGUGGGGAACUGCGGUGCCGCUUGAGGGCUACGAGGACAAGGUCAUGUAUGUGUGGUUCGAUGCCUGCAUAGGUUACGUUUCGAUCACAGCAACCUAUACCGAGGACUGGAAGCAAUGGUGGCACAACCCAGAGCACGUCAAGCUAUACCAAUUCAUGGGCAAGGACAACGUGCCAUUCCACACGGUCGUCUUCCCCUGCUCGCAGAUUGGUACCAAGGACAACUGGACUAUGCUCAACACUAUCUCAACCACAGAGUACUUGAACUACGAGAAGGGUAAGUUCUCCAAGUCAAGAAAUAUUGGUGUCUUCGGCAACAACGCCAAGGAGACCGGUAUUCCUUCGGACGUCUGGCGCUAUUACCUGCUUUCACAUCGACCAGAAACCGGAGACACGGAGUUUGAGUGGGACGGCUUCAUUGCAGCCAACAACAACGAGCUUCUCAAGAACCUUGGCAACUUCAUCAACCGCGUAAUCAAGUUCGUCAACAACGCCAAGAUCUACGAUUCGGUCGUGCCGGACUACACAAAGUUCGAUGAUCCUUACUUCACGGAGCACAAGAAGAAGGUUAACGACCUUCUCAAGACAUACAUUGCCGAGCUAGAGGACGUCAAGAUUCGCGCCGCGCUUGCCACAGCGCUACACGUGUCGAGCUUGGGUAACCUGCUGCUGCAAGACAACCGACUGGACAACAAGCUGGCUACCGAGCAGCCAGAUCGUUGUGCCGCUGUCGUUGGCCUUGCCCUGAGUCAGAUUCAUCUCCUCGCUAGUCUGAUCCAACCAUACAUGCCCGAUACCACCGACGCCAUUCUCUCGCAACUAAAUGCCGAAUUCCUCAUCAUCCCCGACACUUGGGAGGCACGAUCACUACCUGUCGGUCACAAGAUCGGCACCGCCGGCUAUCUCUUCAGCCAAAUUAAGCCCGAGAAGGAGCAGGAGUGGCGCGAGCAGUUUGGUGGAGAAGAGGCUCGCAAGGCUAAGGAGGAGAAAGCCAAGAAGGCGGCAGCUAAGAAGGCAGAAAAGGAGCGCAAGAAGGCGAAGAAAGCAGCUGGCGCGGACAAGAGUGUCGAGGCUGCUGAGAAGGGACAGGACGGACCUGCAGCGAAGACCGCGGAAGAGGAGGUAUCGAGAGGUGUGGAGCAGGUCAGCCUACAGACUUCGUAG